AUGUGGGCUGGAGACCCUAAUGGUACAAAACGAACGACUAACGGUGCUGAAUCAUAUCAUAGUCAACUUUGGUUUGAAUUUUAUAUGCAUUUUCCACAUCCAUCUGUUUUCAAAGUUAUUGAUGUUUUUAUAGAACAACAAGUGAUUAAUGAAGCGCAAAUUCCAGAAAUUAAGAAAUGGACUGAAGCAAUACAGCGGAAAUAUGAUCGAGAACUAGAAGCCAAUUAUUGGUAUAUCAGUACUUGCGUUUAUUAA